UGUUUCAGCUCGAAGUCUAAAAUUAGGGAGGCACCCCAACAGCAAAUGACGCAAGAAGUCUAAAUUGGACAGUCUGCUCGUCUCCGUGUGUCAAUGAUAUGAGGACCGAGGACCGUGGAAACGUCCCCUACAACUCCGCUGUUGUUGAUGACAUGGGGCGUAUUUUUAGACGUUGUUGUCAUCUCUCCGUAAGAGCCCGGCUGCGGCGUUCAGUAUAAAGGACUCCUUCAAAAUGCAGCUGUACAACAGUGUGCUGACACACUACCCGAGGUCGUCUCGCAAAGUUACAAUAACUUUAUCGACCGGAUCUGAGCGCGUGAACGGGACAACACCGAGCUCCUCUGACGCCCCUAAAGCAGGAUUUCCACAACCAGGCGCAACUUCAACAGCCAACGGGGAUCCGGAGAGAGAGACUGCUUCUUCCGCAAACAUGCCUGCCUUUUCGUGUUACGAAGCUCCGUCUAUAAGGCCAGUUUACUUCACAUCGACUGCUGAGAUAUUAAUCCGCAGACCUGAUGGGGUGGAGAGGUCUGUCCCUGUCCAUGUUUUGAGGGAGUCCAAGACAAAACCGCCUUCUCCCGUCUCCCAUAAUAGUGAAAGUAUCCUCUGUGAUGACUCUGAUGUGAUUGUGGACUUGAUUGAUCAUCUGAGAAAUGGGACGGAUGAGCUUUUUGACUGUCCAGAGCUGGUUGAAAAUCGUAUUUUCAACAGUAUGAACAUGUGUAGACCCAGAACAGAAGAAAACAAGAGGGUGUUUGGAGAUUCAAGUGAGGACGAUACAGUUUCAGUGACUAACGCCUCCUUCAGAAGCAAUGGAUGGGCCCCAUUACACCAAGAGGAGCUAGAUCCUUCCAGAGACCAGCCCGAUGACCUCAUAAAGGAAGAUUUUCGGGAUGUGAGCACCGGCGAAGCUGCUCCAGCAUCAGAUGAGAGACGGGCCUUUGAGCUCAGCGUUCUUCAGGAGGCACCGCCACAGAGAUGCCAAGAGAGAGAAGAUAUCAACAACAAAGUGACCCGGUACUUGGCUGAAGUGGAGAAACAGAACAAGUACCUCCAGGAGAGGCACAAAUAUCGGUACCACAUCAUUCCAGAUGGCAACUGUCUGUACAGAGCUGUGUGCAAAGCCACGUACGGGGACCAGGCGAGACACGGCGAGCUGAGGGAGCAGACGGUGCACCACAUUGCUGACCACUUGGAUGAGUUCAAUCCCAUCAUCGAAGGGGAUGUAGGAGAGUUCCUGAUCAACGCAGCCCAGGAUGGUGCCUGGGCCGGCUAUCCUGAACUCCUCGCCAUGAGCCAGAUGCUGAACAUCAACAUCCACCUGACAACAGGGGGGAGCCUGGAGAGCCCCACCGUCUCCACCAUGGUGCACUAUCUCGGGGAGGAGGAUGCUUCCAAGGCGGCGAUCUGGCUGAGCUGGCUGAGUAACGGUCACUACGACGUCCUUCUGGACAAGUGUCUCCCCAACCCGGACUACGAGGACUGGUGCAGACACUCCCAGAUGCAGAGGAAAAGAGAUGAGGAGCUGGCAAAGUCUAUGGCUGCGUCUUUAUCCAAAAUGUACAUUGAGCAAAACGGAUCUGCGUGAAAGAAACACUGAAUAUCGAGAAUAAAAUGAUACAUACUGACACAGUAGAAGGCAGAACCACAGAUUCUGCUUGGUUUCUACAUGCUUGAAAUUAUUUUUAUAAGAUUUAUAUUGUGUGAGAAAGGACGUGCAGUGCACAUACUUUGGUUUUUCUAUACCAGUGUUGCCAAAUAUACGGCAGUGGUUUCUGAAAGUGUUUGAAAGUGUGUGUGAGCUUGUUCUUUUUGAUGGUUUGGAUGAUGUUGACAUGACUGUUGCUGAUCUGUUUCUUUAUAUGGAAGUGCCUUUGAGUAUUUAUUUGCCUUUUUAUCGGCAGAUCUGUUAUUUUUCUAUAAUGUUUGUGCUUUGUAGGCCGUUGCCAAUUACAGAGCAACUUCAUUUGUCUCUAUGGCUACUGUUGAUAUCUGUACAGCUGCUCUCUUUUGCACAAACGUCCUAUCAGAGGAGGCCAGAGAGUUUGAUUUCUGUCUUAUAGAACAAUGCAAAGGUUCCUCUUCUGUUAUUCCAGUUCUUUUUAAGGCUUUUGACAAAUUAUUUCAAAUAAAGCUUUAAAGAAACCUGA